AAGGGGUGUGCGGGUGCCCGAGCGCGGCAGGAGGGGCAGUGGCGGCCCUGGCUGCCGCCGCCACCGCCGCCCUGUUGGUGCGGCCGCUUCCUGAUCAUGUGCAGCCGCCGCCGCCGCCCGGAGCUGGGAGCCCGCGAGCGCCCCAACCCGGGCCGGCGCCUCCGCCAGCGCCCGAGGCAGGAGCAGAAGAGCCGCGGCAGGCGCUGCCCUCACCGGGAGUGAACGGCUGAGCGGCGACUGGAAGGGUGAAUGAAGCCAGGAGGAGGGGAAGGAGGAGGCGGCGGCGGAGGAGGAGGCGCUGCGGGGACUGGGAUGCGCCCCGGAGCCCCGCUGCUCCUUCACUCCGGGCCGGCCGGAGACUCCGCCACUCCCGCGGCGGCCGCCGCCGCCUCCUACGUGGUUCCAGCCGAGCGCGCAGGCCGGUCCCGCAGGGGGCAGGGACCCGGGCCGGACGGGCGGAGCGAGAGAAGCAUCGUGCAACAAGUCACCAGGGUGGUCCGUUCAAGCUGCAGGUCUGUCUGUCCUCCUUGCACAGCAAACUCAUCCUCCACUGCCACCGAGGGGAAGUACUUCACAUGUCAGCAUACUGGGGCAUAAGAAAAGAACCUAUCUGCACGCCUCCAAAGUAGUGCUGCUGCAGACCACCAGGAGCCAGUCAGAGGGGACCUCAGUCUGCACCGGGAAGCCUGAAACACUGAUGAUUUUCGGUCCAGGCCUCUUACACUGAGUCUCCACUGCCACCCUUUCUACUCAAGCAAAAUCUGUGUGAAGAGAUCUGCUGGAAGGAGUGGAGGGCCUAUGGUUCUGCAUUGUGAUGAACGCACCUAGUGCAGUUUUCCAAAGAAACUAGACCAAAAUAUUCUUGGUGAAAAGAAACCAACUUGCUGUUUCCAUAGGGUGUCCCUCACCCCUCUGUGACCGGAAGGAAGACUCUGUUGGAGCCGGAAGACCUCCAGCUUCCCUGGGAAGGCUCCAUGGUGAAGAAUAGGCCAAGGCUCUCUGGGAACGGUGCGCAGUGAAUGUUAAUCCCGAGCUGCUGUUGGCCGAGUGUACCCACGGGGAGAUGAUUCCUCAUGAAGAGCCUGGAUCCCCUACAGAAAUCAAAUGUGACUUUCCGUUUAUCAGACUAAAAUCAGAGCCAGCCAGACAGUGAAACAGUCACCGUGGAGGGGGCGCGGCGAAAAAUGAAAUCCAACCAAGAGCGGAGCAACGAAUGCCUGCCUCCCAAGAAGCGCGAGAUCCCCGCCACCAGCCGGCCCUCCGAGGACAAGGCCACCACCGCGCUGCCCAGCGACAACCACCGGGCGGAGGGCGUGGCAUGGCUCCCCAGCAACUCUGGUGGCCGAGGCCAUGGGGGCGGGAGGCACGGGCCCACGGGGACCUCUGUGGAGCUUGGUUUACAACAGGGAAUAGGUUUACACAAAGCAUUGUCCACCGGGCUGGACUACUCCCCGCCCAGCGCUCCCAGGUCGGUCCCCGCCGCCACCACGCUGCCCACGGCCUACCCUCCCCCGCAGUCAGGGACUCCCGUGUCUCCCGUGCAGUACGCCCACCUGCCGCACACCUUCCAGUUCAUCGGGUCCUCCCAGUACAGCGGGCCCUACGCCGGCUUCAUCCCUUCGCAGCUGAUCUCCCCAUCGGCCAACCCUGUCACCAGUGCGGUGGCCUCCGCCGCGGGGGCCACCACUCCAUCCCAGCGCUCCCAGCUGGAGGCCUAUUCCACGCUGCUGGCCAACAUGGGCAGUCUGAGCCAGGCGCCAGGACACAAGGUUGAGCCGCCGCAGCCGCAGCACCUCGGCAGGGCUCCGGGGCUCGUCACCCCCGGGUCCCCGCCACCCACCCAGCAGAACCAGUACGUCCACAUUUCCAGCUCUCCGCAGAGCAGCGGGCGCGCGGCCUCGCCCUCGGCCAUCCCGGUCCACCUCCACCCGCACCAGACGAUGAUCCCGCACACGCUCACGCUGGGGCCCUCCUCGCAGGUGGUGGUGCAGUACACCGACUCCGGGGGCCACUUCGCUCCUCGGGAGCCCACCAAGAAAGCCGAGGGCAGCCGGCUGCAGCAGGCCAUGCAGGCCAAGGAGGUCCUGAACGGGGAGAUGGAGAAGAGCCGGCGCUACGGGCCUCCGUCCUCGGCAGACCUGGGCCUGGGCAAGGCGGGCGGCAAGGCGGUGCCCCACCCGUACGAGUCCAGGCACGUGGUGGUCCACCCCGGCGCCGGGGACUACGGCGGCCGGGAUCCCUCGGGGGUGCGGGCCUCUGUGAUGGUCCUGCCCAACAGCAGCACGCCCGCCGCCGACCUGGAGGUGCAGCAGGCCACGCACCGGGAGGCCUCCCCGUCCACCCUCAACGACAAAAGCGGCCUGCACUUAGGGAAGCCGGGCCACCGGUCCUACGCGCUGUCACCCCACACGGUCAUCCAGACCACGCACAGUGCUUCAGAGCCUCUCCCCGUUGGACUGCCAGCCACCGCCUUCUACGCAGGGACCCAGCCCCCUGUCAUCGGCUACCUGAGCGGCCAGCAGCAAGCAAUCACCUACGCCGGCAGCCUGCCCCAGCACCUGGUGAUCCCCGGCACCCAGCCCCUGCUCAUCCCGGUGGGCAGCACUGACAUGGAGGCGUCGGGGGCAGCCUCUGCCAUAGUCACGUCGUCGCCCCAGUUCGCUGCAGUGCCUCACACGUUCGUCACCACCGCCCUGGCCAAGAAUGAGAACUUCAACCCCGAGGCGCUGGCCACUCAGGCCGCCUACCCAGCCAUGGUGCAGGCCCAGAUCCACCUGCCCGUGGUGCAGUCGGUGGCGUCCCCCGCCGCGGCGCCCCCCACGCUGCCGCCCUACUUCAUGAAAGGCUCCAUCAUCCAGUUGGCCAACGGAGAGCUCAAGAAGGUGGAGGACUUAAAAACGGAAGACUUCAUCCAGAGCGCGGAGAUAAGCAACGACCUCAAGAUCGACUCGAGCACAGUGGAGCGGAUCGAGGACAGCCACAGCCCAGGCGUCGCAGUGAUACAGUUCGCCGUCGGGGAGCACCGAGCACAGGUCAGCGUUGAAGUUUUGGUAGAGUACCCUUUUUUUGUGUUUGGACAGGGCUGGUCAUCCUGCUGCCCAGAGAGAACCAGCCAGCUCUUUGAUUUGCCGUGUUCCAAACUCUCUGUUGGGGAUGUCUGCAUCUCGCUGACCCUCAAGAACCUGAAGAACGGCUCUGUUAAAAAGGGCCAGCCCGUGGAUCCUGCCAGCGUCCUGCUGAAGCACUCAAAGACGGACAGCCUGGCGGGCAGCAGACACAGGUAUGCCGAGCAGGAAAACGGAAUCAAUCAGGGAAGUGUCCAGAUGCUCUCUGAGAACGGCGAACUGAAGUUUCCAGAAAAAAUAGGAUUGCCUGCAGCGCCCUUCCUCACCAAAAUGGAACCCAGCAAGCCCACGGCCACGAGGAAGAGGAGGUGGUCAGCGCCGGAGACCCGCAAACUGGAGAAGCCAGAAGAGGAACCACCUUUGACUCUUCCCAAGCCCUCGCUAAUCCCUCAGGAGGUUAAGAUCUGCAUCGAGGGCCGGUCUAACCUGGGCAAGUAGAGGCCCAGCGGGGGAAGGAAACGUGUCUCUCCCUAACCAUUCGUAUCCAGAUUACUGUACUGUAGGCUAAGAACACAGUAUUUACAUGUUAUCCUCUUACUUUAGGUUUCUGUUCUAACCUUGUCAUUAGAGUUACAGCAGGUGUGUCGCGGGAGACUGGUGCAUUUGCUUUGUCCGAGAGUGUCUGCCGGGGAGCAGGCGGGUGGAGGGGCAUCAGAGCAGCGACAAUCCAGGCUCCAGGCCUCCUGGGUGGACAUGAAUGUGGCUUCACCAGUGCCUGCCUUCUCCAGCAGCACCGAGGCAUCCGGUGGGCACUGGCUCCCUCUCGUUUCAAGAGAAGGUUCCACGGGAAGGGAGCUGCCGGGGUGCAGGGUGUGUGCCUGUGGGGUGCACGGGUGCAGUGGUGGCGAGUGAGCAUCUCUUUUUCUCUGCCUCCCUCUGCUUCUCGCUCUCAGCAUGGGAUUGGGGGUGCAGAGCAGUGUCCUCCUGGGGUUCCCAUGUGCAAACUCACCAUCAGGAACCCAGCUUCAGGGUAUCAGAGGGAGACAUCAGAUGGCAGAUGGAAAGCCAACAGUUUCAAAGAACAUUUUUCUCUCCAACAUAUUUUACAAUAAAAGCAACUUUUAAUCAUAUAGGUAUCUAUUUCCCCCUAUGGGGCCUGAC